AUGCGAGAGGCGGGCGUGAAGCUGCUGGCGGACGAUCUGCUGCCCUUCAGCGUGUACUGUUUCGACGGGGAGGCGUCGCGCAGAAAGGGCCACCGCCUCAUAGACCACCACGCCACCGAGAGCAGCAUGAUGCUCUCGAGAGAGUGGUCCGCGGUGUUCCACGGCGUGAAGAUUAGCCUCGACUGGGUCAUCCACGCGAUGCCCCUCGGUAAGCAGACGGGGGCCGCGUUCGCGUCCGUGCCCCUGUACGCCAAGAGCAUGAAGGACAACCCUGGGCACGUGGCGGCCGUGACCGGCAGGACCGUGCCGGAAGCGGACGUGGAGAGGUCCUCUGCCCUCCGCGACCUCCAGAGGGCCGCCAGGGUGGAGCUGCAGGCCGCCCUGCAGGAGGUCCAGCAGCACCGCUUCGACAUCCUGCCGGUCCUCGAGGCGACGUUGCCGCCCGCCCACAUCGCCGAGUGGGGCCUGGAGGGGGCCGCGAAAGAGCAGGGGGGCAUGUUCUUCGAGGCCCGCUUCCCGCCCGCGUGGUUCUUCGGCCAGAUCAUGCCGCCGCCCCUCGCGCAGCGCCCUAGGAUCUCCCCCCCCAAGAAGGCAUCUCCUUCUACGUGCAUCCAGGGCUAG